AUGGCACCCGUGGCCGCGGCGGCCGGCCACCUCGCAGGGGUGACCGCCUCGCUCGAGAUUGGCAAUCUCGUCCCCGGCAGCGCCUCGUCCCUCGUCCCCCCCGGCUUCAAGCCGACGACGUACCUCUGCGUCGAGUACAAGGGAAUGGCCGUCGAGCUGGGCAAUCUCUUCCGCGCGAGGGACUGCAAGCUCGCGCCGACGAUCCGUUUCGCGCCCGAGGCAUGUUCACAAAAGGGGGCAUCGGCCAAGACCUACUACACGCUCAUGCUCGUCGACCCCGAGUCGCCGACGCCGGGGCGCUUCUGCCGGCACUGGGUCUUGCCCGGCCUGCAGCCGAUCGAUGACAUCGACGGCACCGUAACGCAGACGAGGCCGGCGUCGACAGAGUAUCUCGGUCCCAGGAACGAGUCACAGCCCCAUCGCUAUCUCUUCCUGCUCUUCCGCGAGCCGGAAGACCUGUCGCUCGGCCACGACGACGCUUCGGACACGCGACAAUUCGACGCGGCCGGCUUCAUUGCCAAGCACGGCCUCGAGCUCAUCGGGGUGAACUGGAUGCUCGGCCUUGGCGACGGAUGA